GCGUCAGUCGCCGCUUUGGCCGGUAGUGGACUGCCUGCAGGACAACGUGGCCAGCCUGGGCCGCACGGCCUGGCUGGGCAGCUGUUUGCAGAACGUGGUGGAGCCGUUGCAGACCGUCUGCGCGCAGGACGUGGCCGUGCGCACGCUGGUCCACAUCGCCGGCGUGCUCGACACCAACUGCUUCGCCGUCUCGGCAGAGGACGGGCUGAGCGGGCGCGCGCUCUACCCGCUCCUCUGCCUGAUGGCGCACGACUGCAGCCCUAACACGAACCGCUUCUACGACGCCGGCGUGAUGACGCUGGUGGCAACGCAGCCGGUGCCGGCGGGCGCACGCGUCACCACCUCCUACACCUCGCUGCUGUGGGGCGGUGAGGCACGCCGCGCCCACUUGGCUGCCACCAAGUUCUUCCUCUGCACCUGCCGCCGCUGCCAGGACCCGAGCGAGUUCGGCACGGACGUGACGGCACUGGCUUGCCGUGGUGGCGAGGGCGCGACCGGGGGCUCGUGCGGCGGCCGCCGUGUCUGCCGCCGCCACGGUGAGGACCUCUGCUGGCGAUGCACCCGCUGCGAGAAGAGCAUGACGGCCGCCGAGGUGCACACGCUGCACCAGGUGUUGGCGCUGACGCUGGGCAGGACGCUGGCGCUGCGGGACGCGGCCAAAGCCGAGGCCUGGCUGGAGGCGCACCAGGGCGUGCUCUCAGGAGAAUCACUACUUCCUGUUGGAGGCGGCGAGGCUCUCGAGCGGGACACUUUGUCACCAGCCACGCUCGCCGCCGACGCCAAUGCGCGCGACACGUGCAUGGCGUGGGCGGCACCGGCGCGCUGA